CCUGGUGGUUGUGUGUUCCAUCCCUGCAUUGACCGAGAAAGUUCAAGAUUUUCUGACGUGGUUUCCCCAUGUCAGUGGUGCUGGACGGAGGGCCUGGCAUGGACAGCUGUCUAGUCGUUCAGAUGGUAUGAAAAACCGAGAUCCCGUGUAUACAUUGGCGUGCACGUAAAAGAUCCUUUGGCAGUUGAAAUUCGAUAUAGGAUUAAGACAUAGUGCCAUUGCCCGGACAAAAUUUCCCCCAUAGCACUGUAUGCCCGUCUUCAUUAGCCUAGUCGGAGCAGAACAGUAUGACAUAAAACCCCAUUUCAUUUCAUUUGUUUUGUAUACUGACAAUUGAACACUUACAGUUUGCUUUGGUAUAUUGACAAUUCAACAUAAAACAUUUCAAGAUUUGCAAUAACCCAGACCCAGUGAAUAUCUCUUGUAGUUAUUAUAUCGCUUAACAAUUGACGCCCUGGGUAUACACGAUCAAUCUAUACCUCAUAUAGAUAAUAAUGGCAAUAUGGCUAUAUUAUGCAGGGUCCUUUGUGUGAGACCAACUUUACCUUGUGUUCAGUUUUUGGUAUUGAAAGUAAUAUUAUUGAUAUUAUAUCUAAUCUGUGAUGAGUGACUUAACAACUGUUUGCAGUUAUUGGUAUAUAGAUACAACAUUUACAUAAUUGAUAUAGACCCAAUCUACGCUUAUUGAUCUACAUGCAUAUCGUUGACACAGAAAUGUCGGGGGCCGACAGACUGAAAACCUUCUCAACGUGGCCGUUAAGCCGGCCCUCAGCUUUAUCAUUAGUGCGAUGUGGAUUUUAUUAUACUUUAAGAAAUGAUGAAGUGCAGUGCUGUGAGUGUAAACAGACCAUCAAGCAUUGGGCUAGGAAACAGCAUCCUUACAUAGAGCAUUACAAAGUCAACAGAUAUUGUAGGUUUGUUCAACAGUUUAAAGGGGUGGUGUCAAGUUAUUCACCUAGUGAUAACGUCUUUAGUUAUACAUCCUUUUAUGCAGAUAUUACAAGCAGACUUUCAUCUUUCAUAUCAUACGAACAUCACUUUAACCAAAGCAAGGAAGCGUUGUCAAAUUCAGGAUUUUAUUAUGUCGGACCCGGUGAUGCGGUUAAGUGUUUCGAAUGUGAAAAAAUCUUCAAGGAUUGGGACGAAUGUUUUGUGCCCCUUUGUGAACAUCAUAUACGAUCCCCUAAGUGUAAAUUUAUCAGAUCGCUACUUUCUGAAACGAUUGGUGGGGAUGUUGAUGAUGAUGGUGAUGAUGAUGAUGACUCUCAAAUCCCUCGCCAUAGUGAACAAAAUGGCCAACUUGAAGAUUCUCAUAAGGGGCUUCCAAACGGCAGGAGUGUUACACGAGAUACUCCCAAAGCUACCCCUACGGACAUUUUCAAUAGAGCUGUCACGCCAGAAUACCAGAGGAAAAGCCCUCGCCCACAAAGUCGUACACCGGAAUUUCGGAGAAAAAAUCCACUCCCGGACGUCCGAACUCAGGAAUCGCGACGGCGAAGUCCUCUUCCACAAACUCGAACGCCAGAGUAUAGGAGAAAGAGCCCGCUACCAGAAAUGUCAACGCCGGCAAUUCGAAAAAAUAGCUCACAACGAGAGUCAAGAGCGCCGGAACGUAGCAGAAUAAGCCAGAAUUCUGGAACACGAACUCCUGAAACCCCGAGAAAAUAUCCCAAUUCUGCAACAGGAACUCGGGAAUCCCGACGAAAGAGUCCCCUUCCUGUAACGGGAACACCGGAAUAUAGAAAGAAGAGUUUACGACGAGAGCCACUAACACCGGAACGUACAAGAAAAAGUCAAUAUCCAGAAGCACGAACGCCGGAAAGUAGACGAAAAUAUCUCAUUUCAGAAACGGAAACUGUGGAACGUAAACCAAAGAGCCCUAUUCCCGGACCACAAACGCCAGACUCCCAAAGACAUAGUCAGCUUCCUGAAACGCGAACGCCUGGACAUCCAAGGAAAAGUCCACUUCCUGAAACUGGAACGCCAGAACACACAAGAAAAAAUCCUCAGUUAGAAGCGACGAAAUAUAAUGUUCCUUCUUCACCUAUGACAGAAAGAAGCAAUGAUGUCGUUUUCAUGGGCUCCGAAAAACUUCUUGUAGAUAGGAAGGUUAAAGGACAUUUUACGAAGUCAUGAAACAGUGAUUUGUUAGCUUCUCUUGGGGGACAAUUUGAUAUCGAGUCAGGUGAUUUGCAACGAAUCUACUGAUAGACAAAUGAAUAAAGAGAGAGAGAGAGGGGAAAUGUGGUUUAACGUCCACUCGACACAAAUUAGGUCAUUUCGGGACUAACAUUUGAUUUCAAUAAUUCGCUUGCGUGUAGGGGUCUUUAACAGUGGGAGGAAACCUGAGGACCCGGAGAAAACCCACGAGGUUUUACAGGCGACCCUACUCCUUGUAUUGUACAACCGGUGAAUCGAAACAACGCCAGUUGACUCAAAAAGAGAGGAAUUAUUAGCAUGAUGUUGAUUGUUUACGAACCACGGAGAGGAAAUCAUAAAUGAAAGGAUUAAGUAUGAUAUUGUUCAGUCAAACAAUAACUAUGUGUUUUCGAUUGGAUUUACUUAGUCGCUGACAAAUAAUCAUCGAAUUAUGCAUGUUGUUAUACGUAAUACGUUAUAAGUAAGAUUGUGGUGUGUUCACGUCACUGGAUACAUUCUAGACGUGUUAAAUGUAUAAAGAUUGUGAUGUGUUCAAAUCACUGGAUACAUUCUAGACGUGUUAUAAGUAAGAUUGUAAUGUGUUCACGUCACUGGAUACAUUCUAGACAGGUUAUAUGUGUAAAGAUUGUGAUGUGUUCAAAUCACUGGAUACAUUCUAGACAGGUUAUAUGGAUAAAGGUGAAAUGUGUGGAUAUGUACCCUAGAGAGUGGGGGGUCGGAGAUAUUGAUCGGGGACCGGUUGCUCAAAACUAAGUUAAACUAAUGCCAUCGUUAAACAGAUAACACCUGUUAAAUAUAACGACAGGUUAACGACACGUUAAAGUUAAUGAGGCUUCCCGCAACAGAGUUUCUCUCUGUUAAAGGUAACGAUCCGUUAACUCCAUGUUAACGAGUCGUUAAAAUUGAACGGAGCUUCGAGCAACCAGCCCAAGGUUUUUAUCCGGUUGAAAUACCCCUUUCCUUAAUUAAUACAAUAUGCAAAACCACCACUUUAACUUGAACUAUUAAUAACCUGGUCUCUAUGGGCCUAUAACUGUGUACAGUGUCGUUCAAUCUUUUUAGACAAGUCUAGCCUAGUCUGAAUUAUCUUUUAUGUUUACCCUGUAUUCAAAGGUAUGUCACGUUACCUUGUAUUCAAAGGUAUGUCAAAUUACCUAUGGUACACGCAUACCUAUAGAUUACAGUAAAGAUAGUAUUAACUAUAGAUAACGCUGACAUAUAGCUAUUUUACACGCAUGAAUAGGUACUGUUAUCCGUCCACCAUAAAGGGUUAACGCAUAAUUGAAUUAGAUCAAAUAGUGAAUAUUGAUUAAAAUUAAAUUACGAACAUCGUAUGAUUGUGUUAGCUUCCACACAUGUGUCAAGCGUUCGUGUGAGGUUAUCGUCAUCCACGGUAAUCGCUACACUAGCAUUUGAGGGUCUUUGAAAAGGAAUGAAAUUAAAUGGGGUUUAACGUCCUACAGUCUACUCCGAUUGGGCUAAUGAAGACGGACAUACGCCAUACAGUGUGCUAUGAGGGAAAUUUUGCCCGGACAGCGGCACUACGGCCUUCUCGUAUAUCGCACUCCAACUGCCAGGGGAUGUUUACGUGCACGCCAUUGUGUAUACGGGACCUCUGUUUUUCGUCCCAUCCGAACAACUAGACAGCUUCUACGUGAACUUUUUCUCGGUCAACACUGGGAGCGAACCCGCGACCUCCAGGCUAGCAAGCCAACGUCUUACUGACUUAGUCACUGUGGCUCCCGAGGGACUUUGAAUCCGAGACAUAUUACAAUACUAUUAAAUCAACAUACCCUGAAGAGAGAGAGAGAGAGAGAGAGAGAGAGGGAAUGGGGUUUAACGUCCACUCGACAAAAAUCAGGUCAUUUCGGGACUAACAUAUAUGGUUCAAUUUUAUUUCAAUAAUUCGCUUGUGCGUGUAUAGGGGGACACAAGAGGAUCCGGAGAAAACCCACGAGGUUGGAAGGCAAUACCCUGAAGAAGAAAUAAACAAACCAGUGCCACAUAUAAGUGUUGGGUAAAAUCUUUUGAUUGGUCUUUUUGAUCCGAUUGAAUUCAACCCGAGAGGUUAUCUCCCUUUAAUAUUUUCGAUUUGUUUUCAUAAUUAAAUAAUAAAUUUGAGUACACUCUAGAGAUAACUUCCGAAACUUGAAGUUCUUUUAUUGAACAGAUCCCAAAAGUAAAUGAAAUGGGGUUUAACGUCCUACUGUUCUGCUCCUAUUGGGCUAAUGAACACGGGCAUACGCCAUACAGUGUGCUAUGAGGGAAAUUUUGCCCGGACAGCGGCACUACAGCCUACUCUUAUAUCGAAUUCCAACUGUCAAGAGAUCUUUUACGUGCACGCCAAUGUAUACAAGGGACCUCGGUUUUUCGUCCGAUCCGAACGACUAGACAUCUGUCCUUGUCAGGCCCUCCGCCUUGCACCACAGACAAGGGGAAACUUUCUCCUCCAACACCGGGAUCAAACCUGCGACCUCCAGACUAGCGAGCCAGCGUCUUACCCACUUUACCACCGUGACUUCAUUCCCAAAAGUAGUCUCGGGUGAAUUAUAACUAUCACCAUAGUAACUGAGGGAGAAUUGCACUACACCCAAAACAAAUCUCAGAAGAUAAACCUGCGGACAAGACAAAGUACAAGAAUUGAAGUGAAUGCAUCAGGGGGCCAGUCGUAAAGCCCAGGAGCGUGGUGACCCAUGAUGUUGCAUGAGGAACGACAUCCCUUCCGCCUCCCCCCCCCCACCACCACCCCCAACAACACUGGUUGAGCAUUACGAUUGUGAUUAUAAUGUUGAUAACCACAUUGAAACGGCGUGAUUGUUUGUCAUGGGCGAGGGUGCACAGAAACUCAAAGGGGCGCAAAAAAUCAAUACCAGGACGCAAAGCAUUGCGUCUCUCUCACUUAGCCCCUGGUAAAGCCCCACUGCGCUAUACACUAUAGGGCCUGUAAUGAUAAAGGCUUCACUCACAAAAAUCGAACAAGUCACUUUAUCCUAAAAUUCUAAAUCUGAAAACCUUCAUCAAUUGUGCGUGCUAAUAGGCACCCUCCCAUUUUAUAACCUGACGUAUGCUCGGAAUUUACUCUACCUGGAACUAGUGUUUACUAUUCAUACAUUUUCUGUAGGCAACCGACCACAAGCCUACGGCGCCCUUCGGUUUCUUUAGAGUACCAAGGGCACGCCAAAAAUAAACAGGCACAGCCAAUAAACAAAACUGCGCAUUAAAACGCAAUAGAAGAAUAUCCAGAGUAACUCACAAGUUGGGUCGUUAUAAGGGGGUUUGGGGCGGGGCACAAAUCACAUAUGGCGUAUACCCGUCUUCAUUAGCCUAGUGCAGAAACGUAGGAGAUAGAGAGAGAGAAAUGGGGUUUAACGUCCACUCGACACAAACUAGGUCAUUUCGGGACUAACAUAUGGUUUAAUUUUAUUUCAAAAAUUCGCGUAGAGGUCCCUAGCAGUGGGAGGAAACCGGAGGACCCGGAGAAAACCCACGAGGUUGGACAGGCGAUCCAACUCCUUGUCACGUACAACAGGGGAUUCGAAACCACCUAGUUGAUUCAAUGACAGGCCGUAUGAAACAGCACGCACGUGCUAACCAUUUGGCCAUCCACCCCCCCCCCCCAGAAACGUAGGACGUUAAACCCUAUUUUAUUACAAUGUAGUUGUUGAUGAGGGGGUCGGGGUUCACAAGAAACUAAGUGUCGGGGUUUGAACUAUUUGUUUAUUUUUAAAACAUAAUAUAAGUUAUUAAGAAAACAAUGUACCAUAAAAAUUAUAACAUAGUUUAUCACAAGCUGCUUAUUCUUUUUACAUUAAUAUUUUUAGCAUUUUUUUUUUUUUUUUUGAUUUUUUCGUCGGCCUCAAUUUUU